AACCAGCAGUGACUGUCUGCCGGGGCGGGCAGCCAAGGGGCAGGGCAGGAAGCUGGCAGCCACCCGAGACGAGUAAAGCUGUGAUUGGCGACCCCAGCACCACCAGUUAGCACCACCCCUUUGGGAGGAUGGCAACUGAAACUGUCUUCCCGCAGCUCCCUGAGAGUGAGGCCAGGAAAGCCCCCGAGGAUGGUGGUGGGAACAGGAGUGUGGAUGGUGACACCACGAGCAGAAACCCUUUUGCCGGGCUGGUGAGCCACCUGCGAGCAUCCUGGCUUUCUGGGAAGACUCGACCCAUGGAAUACCGUGUGGCCCAGCUGGAGGCCCUGGGACGAUUCCUGGAUGACAAGAAGCAGGAGAUCCUGGAGGCCACUGCCUCUGACUUGGGCAAGGCACCCUUUGAAGCUGAAUUAUCUGAGAUCCUCCUGUGCAAGAAUGAGCUCCAUGAGACCCUGAACAACCUGUCCCAGUGGAUGAAGGACGAGCACGUGAACAAGAACCUGGUGAUGCAGCUGGACUCCGCCUUCAUCCGCAAGGACCCCUACGGGGUGGUGCUCAUCAUAGCGCCCUGGAACUACCCCAUCCACCUUUUCCUGGUGCCCCUCAUCGGGGCCAUCGCUGCUGGGAACUGUGUCAUUGUCAAACCUUCAGAGGUAUCCAAGAACACAGAAAGACUUGUGGCAGAAGCGCUGCCUGACUACCUGGACAAGGACUGCUUUGCUGUGGUGACCGGUGGUGUACAGGAGACCACCAGGCUGCUGGAGAACAAGUUUGACUACAUCUUCUUCACUGGCAGCCCCCCGGUGGGGCGGAUCAUAAUGACAGCCGCUGCCAAGCACCUGACACCGGUGACGCUGGAGCUGGGGGGCAAGAACCCCUGCUACGUGUCCGACACGUGUGAUGUGACCAACGUGGCGCGGCGCGUGGCCUGGGGCCGCUUCUUCAACGCGGGGCAGACCUGCAUCGCACCCGACUACCUGCUCUGCACCAUAGAGAUGCAGGAGAAGCUGCUCCCAGCCCUGCGUAAAGCCAUCAGUGAUUUCUAUGGCCCCAACCCCCGAGAAUCCCCGGAUUUCGGCCGCAUUGUGAAUGACAAGCAGUUCCAGCGGGUGCAGAGACUGCUGGGCAGCGGGCGCGUGGCCAUCGGGGGACAGACGGACGAGGCAGAGCGGUACAUGGCCCCCACUGUACUGGUGGAUGUGCAGCCUUCAGAUCCCGUCAUGCAGGAGGAGGUCUUCGGGCCCAUCCUGCCCAUCGUUGUCAUAGCCAACAUGGACGAAGCCAUUGACUUCAUCAACAGCCGGGAGCGGCCCUUGGCUGUCUACGCCUUCUCCUCCAAUGACAAGGUGGUGAGCCAGGUCCUGGAGCGGACGAGCAGCGGAGGCUUCUGUGGCAAUGACACUCUGAUGCAUGUGACACUGACCUCACUGCCCUUUGGAGGCAUCGGGAACAGCGGCCUGGGAUUGCACCACGGGAAGUUCAGCUUUGACACCUUCUCCCACCACCGCGGGUGCCUGAAGCGCGGGAUGGGCUGGGAGUCCCUCAAUGCCCCACGCUACCCCCCGUACUCCAAGACGAAUUUUGGGAUCGUCCAGGCCACUUCCAAGGUGACACGAAAGAGUGACUGUACCCUGCUCUGACGAUCUCCACAUCCCACCUGGAGUCUCCCCCCUCAGCACAUUUCCUGCUGCUGGUCCUGGUGCCCAGGUGCCAUGAAAGGUGUUUCUCAUAUCCUGUGUGCUUCCCUCUCACCUCCCUGCACUCCUGCUCACCAAAAGUCUCUUGUCCUCCACAUCCCCCUCCAUCCUGGUCCCACAUUCCCUUUAUCUGGCUCUUUGGGGAUUUAUUUCCACUGGUAUUAUCAGAGCAGAGGGGUCUCCUGUGCCCCUCAUUGUGUACUCUCCCUGAUCCCAAAUCCUUGAGCUGGGAUGAUCCUGGUUUUUCCUGCUCCACGAUCCUAUUUCCUUUGCUCCAUGAUCUCUGUCCUUUACCCUGUGUUCCCAGUUUUUCCUGCUCCACGAUCCCAAGUUUCCUUUGCCCCAUGAUCUCAGUGUCCUUUGCCCCAUGUUCCCGUUUAUCCUGCUCUAUGAUCCCAGUCUCCUUCGUUCCAUGCUGCUCCAUUUUCGGGGGCUGGUUGUGCCGGUAAAAGGAAACCCAUUCCUGCUGGGCUGUGGGUUGUCCUGGCUGAAUCCCACAGGGAUCCCCCCGGGUGGGUGGAUGGAGAGAAUUGGACAAGGGAUUUGACAUAAAGACAGUUUAAUAGGGAAUGGGAAAUGUUAAAAAUUACAACAGAAUAUUGGCUUUUGCAUUUAUAUAUUAGCCUAUGCGUGCUAAUAUUUGCCAUAAAUAUUCGGAUAAAGUACAAUGUAUAAUUCUAUUUAGCUGUUCAUUAGUAGAACAUAAUCUAUUGUUUUAA